AUGGUUUUAAGAAAAGUCGUCACUUCAUGCUCUCACUCCGACUCUUGUCAUGGCGAAGCACAAAACACCGUCACCAGCGACUCAAGCAAAGAGAAGCAACCCGAAGAGCAACUUGAAAAACAACCCCAAGACUUCCUCCCCGUCCCCAACCCAAUGCCCAGCUACUGGCUCAAGCAACCCCACCGCUACGCUCAACUCCGCACAACAAAAGUACUCCCCUCAUCCUGUGACAUCGCCAUCAUUGGCUCCGGCAUGGCUGGUAUCCUAACCGCUUACCACAUCCUGCAAACCAGCCACUUGGCUCACCUCACCACAGGCACACCUAUGCCUCGCGUCAUCAUUCUAGACGCCAGAGACCUAUGUUCAGGAGCAACAGCACGCAACGGCGGCCAUUCCAAAGUCAAAACAGCGACGCUAGCAGGCUUGAAAGAUGGGAGCGCUAGAACGGCGUUUCAAGACUACGUGCACCGAACACAUACGGAGCUGAAGUCGAUUGUUGAUGAAGAGAGGUUAAGUGAGGAGUGUGAGUUUGAACUCCGCCGUAGUUUCGACGUUUUCCAAGAUAAGCGCGAGUUUGACGAGGUCAAGAAGGUGUAUGAUGAGGAUGCGAGGAAAGGGGAGGGCUGGACGAGGAAGACGGGUGUGGUGCCGGGGCAGUGGGUGGAAAGGGUGACUAGUGUCAAGGGGGCAGUGGGCGCGUUUUCGGUUGAGGCGGCGAGUUUUUGGCCGUACAAGUUGGUCACGGGCUUACUCGAGGUCAUGGUAAAGCGGUAUGACGGGGUGUUGUUGAAUGUACAGAUGAAUACUGUUGUGACACGGCUUUCUACCUCUUCUCCGACAGAAGAUGUCAAUCAGCUAGAGACGCCUCGAGGCACCCUCACAGCCGGCAAAGUCGUCCUAGCAACAAACGCUUACACAGCCUCCCUCCUCCACUCCUUCAGCAAAACAAUCAUACCGUACAAAGGUAUGAAUAGCCACCAUGCGGCUUCUCCAUCUUAUUCUCACGCCAUCCUCCCUCACCUAGCCAACACUUACAACAUCCACUUCGCCCCAUCAUCACCCGCCCACCCCACAGGCUGCGACUAUCUAAACCCCCGCCCCGACGGCUCCAUAGUCGUAGGCGGAGGAUCAUGGUUCUACCAAAACAAGCACUCCCACUCCGGUCAAGACCCCUACAAAUGGCUCGACACCGUCGACGACAGCGAGGAAUCAGGACACUUCCCGGCCUCCGUCUAUGCCCACUGGUCGAAUUACAUGGUCAAGACUUUCCUAGGUUGGGGAGGAGAAGAAAAAGAAGACAAAGUAAAGGUAGAACCAGAUUCCAUAUGGACGGGUAUCCAGGGUCAGACGGGAGAUGGGAUGCCGCAUGUUGGACGGGUUCCUUCCUCGUCACCUCCCUCCACUCUCGCUGUUCCCUACCCUCCUGAAAGUAUAGUUGAUAUGGAAAACCGGCAGAAGAAACAACAAUGGCUACUAGCAGGUUUCAACGGGGGCGGAAUGGCGUUGAUCCCUUUAGUGGCCAAAGCAGUUGCGAAGAUGGCAUUGCAAGAUAAAGAGUUCGAGGAUGUGAGAGAGGAGUUUGGGUUGUUGGAGGGCAUGGGUACCGGGGGUAGUAGAAUGACGGAUGUAGAGGGAAUGGGGAUGUCAUGA